AUGGAGGUCUCCCGGAGGAAGGCACCGCCGCGCUCCCCGCGCCCCGCCGCGCCGCUGCCCCUGCUCGCCUAUCUGCUGGCGCUGGCAGCGCCCGGCCGGGGCGCGGACGAGACCGUGUGGCGGUCGGAGCAAGCCAUCGGAGCCAUCGCGGCGAGCCGGGAGAACGGCGUGUUCGUGGCGAGCGGCAGCUGCCUGGACCAGCUGGACUACAGCCUGGAGCACAGGCUCUCGCGCCUGUACCGGGACCAGGAGGGCAACUGCACGGAGCCGGUCUCGCUGGCGCCCCCCGCGCGGCCCCGGCCGGGGAGCAGCUUCAGCAAGCUGCUGCUGCCCUACCGCGAGGGGGCGGCCGGCCUCGAGGGGCUGCUGCUCACCGGCUGGACCUUCGACCGGGGCGCCUGCGAGGUGCGGCCCCUGGGCAACCUGAGCCGCAGUUACCUGCUCAACGGCACCGAGGUGGUGUCGUGUCACCCGCAGGGCUCGACGGCCGGCGUGGUGUACCGCGCGGGCGACAAGAACCUCUGGUACCUGGCCGUGGCUGCUACUUAUGUGCUGCCGGAGCCCGAGACGGCCAGCCGCUGCAGCCCCGCGGCAUCCGACCGCAGCACGGCCAUCGCGCUCAAGAACACGGAGAAGCGCAACCUGCCCACGGGGGAGCUGGGUCGCCUCAACCUGCGCGAGGGCGCGGGCAGCCUGCACUUCGUGGACGCCUUUCUCUGGAACGGCAGCAUCUACUUCCCCUACUACCCUUACAACUAUACGAACGGCGCCGCCACCCGCUGGCCCAGCAUGGCGCGCAUCGCGCAGAGCGUCGAGGUGCAGUUCCGGGGCCAGGUGUCCCUCGACUGCGGCCACGGCCACCCCGACGGCCGCCGCCUGCUCCUCUCGUCCAGCCUGGUGGAGGCCCUGGACGUCUGGGCGGGCGUGUUCAGCGCGGCCACGGGAGAGGGCCAGGAGAGGCGCUCCCCCGCCACCACGGCGCUCUGCCUCUUCAGGAUGAGUGAGAUCCAGGCGCGCGCCAAGAACUGCAGCCCGGACUUCGAUUUGACCGAGGAGAACUGCAACCAAAGGGAUCAACCUGAAAGAGUACAACCCAUUGCGUCAUCUACCUUGAUCCAUUCCGACCUGACAUCCGUUUAUGGCACCGUGGUAAUGAACAGGACUGUUUUAUUCUUGGGGACUGGAGAUGGCCAGUUACUUAAGGUUAUUCUUAGUGAGAACUUGACUUCAAAUUGCCCAGAGGUUAUCUAUGAAAUUAAAGAAGAAACACCUGUUUUCUACAAACUUGUUCCUGAUCCUGUAAAGAAUAUCUACAUCUAUGUAACAGCUGGGAAAGAGGUGAGGAGAGUUCGCGUUGCAAACUGUGAUAAACGUAAAUCCUGCUCGGAGUGUUUAGCAGCGGCAGACCCUCACUGUGGCUGGUGCCAUUCGCUACAAAGGUGCACUUUUCAAGGAGAUUGUGUACAUUCAGAGAAAUUAGAAAACUGGCUGGAUAUUUCAUCUGGAGCUAAAAAGUGCCCUAAAAUUCAGAUAAUUCGAAGCAGUGUAGAUAAGACGACAGUGACGAUGGUGGGAAGCUUCUCCCCAAGACCCUUGGAGUGCAUGGUGAAGAACGUGGACACCAGCAAGGAGCUCUGCCGGGGUGAAAGUCGGUCAGACCAGACCUGCAUCUGUAGCAUCCCGACCAAACCAACCUACAAAGAUGUUUUAGUUGUCGUGACGUUCUCCUUCGGUUCUUGGAAUUUAUCAGACAGAUUCGACUUUACCAACUGCUCAUCAUUAAGAGAAUGCCCAGUGUGUGUUGGAACUGGCUGUGCAUGGUGUAAGAGCAGAAGAAAGUGCAUCCACCCCUUCACAACUUGUCACCCUUCUGAUUACGAGAGAAACCAGGAACAAUGUCAAGUUGCUGUUGAGAAAUCAUCCAGAACACCAGGAGGAGGAAGAUUCACGGAGAAUAAGAGUAAAAGAACCAACCAGGGUUUACAGGUCUUCUACAUUAAGUCCAUUGAGCCACAGAAAGUAUCGACCUUAGGGAAAAGUAACGUGAUAGUUACAGGAGCAAACUUUACCCGGGCAUCGAACAUCACAAUGAUCCUGAAAGGAACCAGUACUUGUAAUGAGGAUGUGAUACAGGUUAGCCAUGUGCUAAAUGACACCCAUAUGAAAUUCUCUCUUCCAUCAAGCCGAAAAGAGAUGAAGGAUGUGUGUAUCCAGUUCGAUGGUGGGACCUGCUCUUCUGUGGGACCCUUGUCCUACAUUGCUCUCCCACAUUGUUCCCUUAUAUUUCCUGCUACCACCUGGAUCAGUGGUGGUCAAAAUAUAACCAUAAUGGGUAGAAAUUUUGAUGUAAUCGACAACUUAAUCAUUUCACCUGACUUGAAAGAAAACAGAAAUGUCCCUGAAUAUUGCAUGGAGACUUACUGCCGGUUUUUAGCCCCCAAUCUAAAGAGUUCAAAAGUGCGUACGAAUGUCACUGUGAAGCUGAGAGUACAAGAUACCUACUUGGAUUGUGGCACCUUGCGGUAUCUUGAGGACCCCAGAUUUACAGGGUAUCGGGUAGAAUCUGAAGUAGACACUGAAUUGGAAGUAAAGAUUCAAAAAGAAAAUGAUAACUUCAACAUUUCCAAGAAAGACAUUGAAAUUACUCUCUUCCACGGGGAGGAUAAGCAAUUACAUUGCAGUUUUGAAAAUAUUACUCGAAACCAAGAUCUUACCACCAUUCUUUGCAAAAUUAAAGGCAUCACUGCUGCAAACAGUAUCGCUUCCUCUUCCAACAAAGUUCAUGUCAAACUGGGAAACUUGGAGCUUGAUGUCGAGCAGGAAUCAGUUCCUUCCACUUGGUAUUUUCUGAUCGUGCUUCCUGUCUUGCUAGCAAUUGUCAUUGUUGCGGCCGUGGGGGUGACCAGGCACAAAUCAAAGGAGCUAAGCCGCAAACAGAGUCAACAGCUGGAGCUCCUGGAAAGCGAGCUCCGGAAGGAGAUCCGUGAUGGCUUUGCUGAGCUGCAGAUGGAUAAAUUGGAUGUGGUUGAUAGUUUUGGAACUGUUCCCUUCCUUGACUACAAACAUUUUGCUCUGAGAACUUUCUUCCCUGAGUCAGGUGGCUUCACACACAUCUUCACCGAAGAUAUGCAUAACCGAGAUGCCAAUGACAAGAAUGAAAGCCUUACAGCUUUGGAUGCCCUAAUCUGCAAUAAAAGUUUCCUCGUAACUGUUAUCCACACCCUUGAAAAGCAGAAGAACUUUUCAGUGAAGGACAGGUGUUUGUUUGCAUCUUUCUUAACCAUCGCACUGCAAACCAAGCUGGUCUACCUGACCAGCGUCCUGGAGGUGCUGACCAGGGACUUGAUGGAACAGUCCAGUAAUAUGCAGCCUAAACUCAUGUUAAGGCGCACGGAGUCCGUGGUGGAAAAACUCCUCACAAACUGGAUGUCCGUCUGCCUUUCUGGUUUUCUUCGGGAGACUGUGGGAGAACCGUUCUAUUUGCUGGUGACAACUUUGAACCAGAAAAUAAACAAGGGUCCCGUAGAUGUAAUCACUUGCAAAGCCCUGUACACCCUUAACGAAGACUGGCUGCUGUGGCAGGUUCCGGAAUUCAGUACUGUGGCAUUAAACGUCGUCUUUGAAAAAAUCCCAGAAAACGAGAGUGCAGAUGUCUGUCGGAAUAUUUCAGUCAAUGUUCUUGAUUGUGAUACCAUAGGCCAAGCCAAAGAAAAGAUUUUCCAAGCAUUCUUAAGCAAAAAUGGCUCCCCGUAUGGACUUCAGCUCAAUGAAAUUGGUCUCGAGCUUCAAGUGGGCACACGACAAAAAGAACUUCUGGAUAUUGACAGUUCCUCUGUGAUUCUUGAAGAUGGAAUAACCAAGCUAAAUACCAUUGGCCACUAUGAGAUAUCAAAUGAAUCCACUAUAAAAGUCUUUAAGAAGAUAGCAAAUUUUACUUCAGAUGUGGAAUAUUCGGACGACCACUGCCAUUUGAUUUUACCAGAUUCGGAAGCAUUCCAAGAUGUGCAAGGAAAGAGACAUCGAGGGAAGCACAAGUUCAAAGUAAAAGAAAUGUAUUUGACAAAGCUGCUGUCGACCAAGGUGGCAAUUCACUCUGUGCUUGAAAAACUUUUUAGAAGCAUUUGGAGUUUACCCAACAGCAAAGCUCCAUUUGCUAUAAAAUACUUUUUUGACUUUUUGGAUGCCCAGGCUGAAAACAAAAAAAUCACAGAUCCUGAUGUCGUACAUAUUUGGAAAACAAACAGCCUUCCUCUUCGCUUCUGGGUAAACAUCCUGAAGAACCCUCAGUUUGUCUUUGACAUUAAGAAGACGCCACACAUAGAUGGCUGUUUGUCAGUGAUUGCCCAGGCAUUCAUGGAUGCAUUUUCUCUCACAGAGCAGCAACUAGGGAAGGAAGCACCAACUAAUAAACUUCUCUAUGCCAAGGAUAUCCCAACCUACAAAGAGGAAGUAAAAUCUUAUUACAAAGCUAUCAGGGAUUUGCCUCCAUUGUCGUCUUCAGAAAUGGAAGAAUUCUUAACUCAGGAAUCUAAGAAACAUGAAAAUGAAUUUAAUGAAGAAGUGGCCUUGACGGAAAUCUACAAAUACAUCGUAAAAUAUUUUGAUGAGAUCCUAAAUAAACUAGAAAGAGAACGAGGUCUGGAAGAAGCUCAAAAACAACUCUUGCAUGUAAAAGUCUUAUUUGAUGAAAAGAAGAAAUGCAAGUGGAUGUAA